AUGAGAGAGGAGCGGAAUACAGAAGCCCAACCUCCAGCUGAUCUUCAAGAGGUUAUUCCUGUGGGGCACCUCAACUUGGCCUUCAGUGGGGACGAGAAACGUCAGGAUGAGAAAGCGGAGAAGGUGCCAGAGGACGGCUCCGAGCCUACAUCAAAGGACAAGAAAAAGAAGUCUGUGCCAAAGGAGUCAGGGAAGUCAGUCGGCCUAUUCCAGCUGUUUCGGUAUGCCACCUGCCCAGAGGUUUUCAUGAUGCUGACUGGACUUCUGUGUUCUGCUAUUCACGGUGCUGCUCUGCCCAUCAUGUGUGUAGUGUUUGGGCGUAUGACUGACAGCUUUGUACAAAGUGGCCAACAGUUGAACUUCACAGGAAACGUCACCUUUAACUUUACACUGAAUUCCUGGGAUUGUGUAACUGCUCCCGGAGUUGAUAUUGAAGCUUCAAUGACCAAAUACGCUUAUUACUUUGUUGGGAUUGGUUUUGGAGUGUUGCUCUUUGGAACACUUCAGGUCAUGCUGUUUGUACUGACAGCUACUAAACAGACCAUGCGCAUCCGAGAAAAAUACUUCCAUGCCAUCCUCCACCAGCAGAUGGCGUGGUUUGACACGCAUCCCAUUGGACAACUCAGCACGCGACUGUCUGAUGACAUUAACACAAUCAACGAUGGCUUGGGAGACAAAAUCUGUAUAUUUGUGCAGUUCUUCUGUAGAUUUCUCACUGGUAUCAUCAUCGGAUUUGUCUUUGGCUGGAAACUAACACUGGUCAUUUUGGCAGUCAGUCCACUGCUGGCAGGAUCAGCUGCUGUGUGGUCUAAAAUUCUUGCCACCCUCACCAGUAAGGAGCUGUCAGCCUAUGCCAAAGCUGGAGCGGUAGCUGAGGAGGUACUUGUGGCCAUUAGGACGGUCGUGGCUUUCAACGGUCAACAGAAAGCUCUGCAAAAGUAUGAAACCAAUUUGGUGGAUGCAAAAAACUUUGGUGUGAAGAAAGCCAUUACUACGAACGUGUCCCUGGGACUAACGCAGUUCUUCUUAUUUGGAACAUAUGCUCUGGCAUUUUGGUAUGGCACAAAGCUCUCUGUGGAUGAACCAGAGAACUACUCCAUUGGAAGAGUCCUCACUGUCUUCUAUGCUGUGAUGAUUGGUUCAUUAUCUUUGGGUCAGGGAGCUCCCAACCUGGAGAGUAUUGCCAAGGCCCGUGGUGCUGCGUAUUCCAUCUACAAUACCAUCGACACGCCCCGUCCCAUUGACAGCAGUUCAAAGGAAGGCCUCAAACCAGACAGUGUUAAAGGUGACAUCGAAUUCAAGAACAUUUACUUCAAAUACCCAUCCAGAAAGGAUGUGAAGAUCCUGCAGGGAAUGAGUCUGAAAGUGUCCCAUGGAAAGACAGUUGCUCUGGUGGGAGCCAGUGGCUGUGGGAAGAGCACCACCAUUCAGCUGCUGCAGCGGUUUUAUGAUCCUGAUGCAGGGGAGGUGACACUGGAUGGUCGAGAUGUCCGCACUCUUAAUGUGCGAUGGUUGAGGGAAAACAUGGGCAUCGUGAGCCAGGAGCCGAUACUCUUUGGCACCACUAUUGCUGAGAACAUCCGUUAUGGCCGUGAGGAUGCCACUGACGAGGACAUCGAACGGGCCGUGAGGGAGGCCAAUGCCUACGACUUCAUCUCCAAACUACCAGAUAAGCUGAACACCAUGGUGGGGGAGCGGGGGGCUCAGCUGAGUGGUGGGCAGAAGCAGAGGAUUGCCAUCGCUCGGGCUCUGGUCAAAAACCCCAAGAUCCUCCUGUUGGAUGAAGCCACCUCAGCCCUGGACACACAGAGCGAAUCCAUUGUUCAGGCUGCUUUAGAUAAGGCAAGAGCAGGUCGCACAACCAUAGUGAUUGCACACCGGCUGUCCACCAUCCGCUCAGCUGAUGUGAUCGCAGGCUUCCAGGAGGGUCGAGUGGUGGAGCAGGGCACUCACAAAGAACUCAUGAUCAAGAAGGGAAUCUACUACUCACUCGUCAUGCAACAGACUGCUGGGGGUCCAGAAGCUAACCAAGAGGAGGAGGAGGAGGAGGAGGAGGAGGACGAAGACGAUGAUGAAGGGGAAACCUCUUCCGACACUGACGAUGCUGAUGACCUGGUGGAAGUGAAAAUAGAAAAUGGUGGUUUUGAGAGAAACUCAAUAAGGCGCAGCGUUGCUCUUCAAAGGAGAUCUUUAAAGAGGAAGUCAAAGAAAAAGAUCAAAAAGAGGUCCAAGGACAAAAAGGUACAAUGUGAAAAGGAAAUGGUUCCAGACGUCCCUUUUGGCAGGAUCCUGGCACUGAACAAGACCGAAUGGCCCUACCUGGUUGUGGGCACAGUGGCCAGCCUUGUGGGAGGAGCUGUCUACCCCUGUGUGGCCAUCCUCUUUUCCAAAAUCAUUGGUGUAUUUUCUGAACAUGACCCUGAAGUGAAGCGACAAAAGACACUGAUGUUCUCACUUCUGUUCCUCGUGAUUGGAGUUGUAUCGUUUUUCACCAACUUCCUCCAGGGCUAUAUGUUUGGUAAAUCUGGAGAAAUUUUAACAAUGAGGAUGAGGAGUCAGGCUUUCAAAGCCAUUUUGAGACAGGACAUUGGCUGGUUUGAUGACCACAACAAUGCAGUCGGAGUUUUAACCACUAAAUUGGCAACAGAUGCAUCACUUGUAAAAGGGGCAGCAGGAUCUAGACUGGGUUUGGCCACCAACACACUCUGUGCCCUGGGCAUUGCUGUGAUUGUUGCCUUCAUCUACUGCUGGCAACUCACCUUGCUCAUCCUCGCCUGUGUGCCCUUGCUCACUGGAGCACAUUAUGUCCAGAUGAGAGCCAUGAGAGGCCAUGCCUUUAAAGACUCAAGUGCACUGGAGAUGUCUGGCAAGAUAUCUACAGAAACUGUUGAGAAUAUCAGGACUGUUGUUGCCUUAACAAAGGAAGAUGUCUUUUUCGGCAAGUUUAAGGAGAGCCUCAGAAAACCAUAUCGGUCUGCCUUAUGUAAAGCACCCAUUUAUGGAAUCACCUUUGCCUUCUCGCAAGCAAUACCUUACUUUGUCAAUGCUUCAAUUUUCCGCUUCGGGUCCUGGCUGAUCGCGCACUGCUACACUGAAUUUGAGAAUGUUUACCUGGUCUUUUCUGUGAUCGUCUUCUCUGCCAUGAGCGUCGGACAGAGUUCCUCUUUGGCCCCAGACUUUGCCAAGGCCAAAGCAGCAGCUGGGCGGAUUUUGAACCUCCUUGCAAAAAUACCUGUGAUUGACAUCUACAGUGAAGCAGGAGCCAAACCAACGAACUUUGUGGGAGACAUAGAGUUCCGCGACGUGCAUUUCUCAUAUCCAACUCGUCCAAAUGUGAAGAUUCUGCAGGGCCUAAAUGUAUCGGUGGCUCAAGGGCAGACACUGGCACUGGUGGGCGGCAGUGGCUGUGGGAAAAGCACCUCCAUCCAGUUGCUGGAACGCUUCUACAACCCUGCCAGUGGACAAGUGUUUGCAGACAGGGCAGACACACUCAGUCUGAACCUGGCCUGGUUGCGCUCUCAGCUGGGCCUGGUCUCUCAGGAGCCCAUCCUGUUCGACUGUAGCAUCGCAGAGAAUAUCCAGUAUGGAGAUAACAGUCGUGUGGUCAGUCAGCAAGAGGUUGAAGAGGCUGCAAGAAAUGCCAAUAUCCAUGACUUUAUUCUCAACUUGCCUGAGAAAUACAGCACACGUGUGGGGGAUAAAGGCACUCAGUUGUCUGGAGGGCAGAAACAGAGAAUAGCCAUUGCUCGAGCUCUGGUCCGCAAGCCCAAAGUGUUAUUGCUGGAUGAAGCCACUUCAGCCCUGGACACGGAGAGUGAGAAGAUUGUGCAGAAAGCGCUGGAUGCUGCUCGACAGGGUCGCACCUGCAUCGUCAUUGCCCACCGCUUGACCACCAUUCAGAACGCUGACAUCAUUGCGGUCAUUCAGAACGGCCAGGUGGCCGAGCAGGGCACACACAGCCAGCUAAUGGCCAAACAAGGCGUGUACUAUGCCCUUGUGAAUGCUCAGGUCUCCCACUAA